CAGCUGAUUUCGGAAAGGCCGUUCUCGGAGCUGUCAGACUGUUGUCUGCCAUAUUUGUGAUUAUUUAGGUUUGUUUGCUUUGUUUUGGCUUCGCUCGUUGGACUUAUCAAUCCUUCGUGUCUUUUAUGGUAAACCUUUGACAUCGUAGAAGAAUUUCGGGUCAGAAUCAAAAAUGUCUGCGGGACCCUACAAUUAUGAGUACAUCUUUAAAUACAUCAUUAUCGGAGAUAUGGGUGUUGGGAAAUCAUGCUUGCUUCAUCAGUUCACGGACAAAAAAUUCAUGGCAGAUUGCCCUCACACAAUAGGAGUAGAAUUUGGCACAAGGAUAAUAGAUGUUGCUGGCCAGAAAGUCAAAUUACAAAUUUGGGACACUGCAGGUCAAGAAAGAUUUCGUGCAGUCACUAGGUCUUAUUAUCGUGGUGCUGCUGGUGCUUUAAUGGUAUAUGACAUCACACGGAGGUCGACGUACAACCAUUUAAGCAGCUGGCUGACAGAUACUCGCACCCUCACCAAUCCAAGCACUGUUAUAUUUCUAAUCGGUAACAAGUGCGACCUGGAUUCAGCAGAUGGCUCUCAGCGUGAUGUAACAUAUGAAGAAGCAAAGCAGUUUGCGGAUGAAAAUGGACUGAUGUUUGUUGAAGCCAGCGCUAAAACGGGCGACAACGUAGAGGAAGCAUUCUUGGAAACAGCUAAGAAAAUAUAUCAAAGUAUUCAAGAUGGAAGAUUGGAUCUGAACGCAGCAGAGUCGGGUGUUCAACAUAAACCACCCCAGCUUGGCAGCGACUUCACACCGAAUAAAGACCCCUGUUCUUGUUAGUUUUUAUAACCAUGCAUUAUGUUUAUUAUUAAGUGAUAAUUGAAACCAGUGGUAAAGAAGGAACUUCAACAUGAAAAACAACUCGCUUCCAUAAGGUCGCUCGCUUUUGCAUCAAUAAGCUUUGAAAACUGAAUUGAAACGGAAAAUCUCAUCUCCUUUACUUGUAAAAGGUUAGGGAAUUCUCAUUUGUGAUUUCAUUAACCUCCAAAUAACUAUCAUCAUCUUGUAAAACCCGUGCUUGCGGAAGAACAUGAGAUAAAAAUUGAGAAGUGUUAGUAACCAAUUCUCUGUUUUGUACAAUUGCUUAUGAUGAAAUGGAAUCCAUUGAAAUGUUAAUAUUAUUGUAUAUUUUUGUAACUGUAGUGGAUUUUUCCCUUCCUUCAUCAAUUUCCACCUUUAAUUUUGACCAUCCUAUUCAUUCGAUAUGUAAUUUGUAUUUUAACUGUGUUAUAUAUUUACAAUUGCUGAUUUAUUUGCCACAAUUCUUAUUUUAAUAUUGUUAUCUUUUCUCCCAACUUUUUUAAAAUUAUUUUUUUUAUUAUUUUUUUCUUUUGUUUGUUUAUUAAUAUCUUUUCUCCUUUUUUACUUUACCCAUUCAAGUUUUUGUUGUGGCUGUACAGUAAUAAGAAGUUAUAGAAAAUUUGAAUGUUUAUGUGUUUCUGGCAACAUUGAAUCUGUGCCAUGAGGAGACCCUUUGUUCUGUAACACCGUACAUCGUUAACCGUUCUAUUAUUUUAACCUUCUUUUAAAGCCUCAUUGUACCCUGUCAAUUCAAAAACUAGUUGAAAAAGUGGGUGUAUUUAAAUGCCAUUCCAUCGCCGUAAUAGAUAUUUUAGUGCAAUUUGUCAACUAUUUUAAUUGUCUUUUUAAUCCAGAACCUAUCAUUUAAAUGGUGGGUCAACAUUUUUUUUCUUUUUUUAAUUUUUAUUCGUAACAUUCUUUUUCUGAACUACCUAUUAAACAUUCUCUUUUACAGUC